AUGAAAAAAAUCAAAAAUGUUUAUUUCCUUUUAUUAGUUUUUUUUACAUUAUUAAAUAAGAGAAAUCAAAUUAAAUGCAAACAAGAAAAGAUUGUAAAUGUAGGGAAUAAUAAAUUUAUAAUAAAUCAUAGUAAUCUACCUUAUAAUAAAAAAUAUUUUAAAAUUGCAAAUAAAGGAAAAUCAUGUUUUGAAAGCAGCAGAAAAAGGUGUGUACACAAAGAAAGAGAGAAAGCAUUUUUCAUUAAGGCACAUAUAAACAAAAUUAAAAGAUAUAGGUUGUUAUAUAAAAAUGGAAAAAGAAAUGAUAAGACAUUCUUUGAGAAUAAACAAUUGAGAGAUAGAUUAAAAAUAUGGAAAUUGUUUUAUAAAAAUAAUGGGAAAAAUAAUGGGAAAAUGUGUAGAGCAUAUUCAAGUGUAUCUGAGACAACUAAAGAGGAUAACAAAUUAUGCAAAGUAGGAGACAAUUAUAAUUUUGUUGGUUCUAGAUUUUUAUUAAAAUUUCGAAGAUAUAUAUUAGAUGAUAAUAUGGUAAAUUUUAUAUGGAUAUGUAAAAAUUAUCUAUGGGAAAAAAAAAUAUUUUUUUCAACAAUAUUUACAAUGUUGAGUAGUGGGGUAAUAAGUAUAAUUAUUCCAAGAUAUGACAACAUAUUAUUUAGUAAUUUAACAAAUAAAGUAUUUGAUAAUUUUAUGUUUAACUUAUUUAAUUGUGUAAUUAUAAGAGUUAUAAGUUUGGGGUUGUGUAUGUUGAGGAAUAGUAUAUUUAUGAGAGCUAGCUGCUAUUCCUUAAAAAGAGUGAAAAAUAUUUUAUUUGAAAUAUAUAUAAAUAAAGAAUAUGAAUAUUUUGAUAAAGUAGAUCAUAAUAGUGUUAUAAAUAGAUUAACUUUAGAAGCUUAUGAUUUUUCAAAUAUUAUAGCAUAUUAUAUAAAUCCGUUUAUACGUAAUUUUUUUUCUAUAGUUUUAAAUUUUUCAUAUUUAUAUUAUUUAAAUAAAAGUUUAACAAAAACAAUAUUUAUUUUUUUUUGUAUUUCCUCUGUUUUAACAAUUAUAUCAUAUAAGCUUAAGAGGAAAGGGAUGACACAUAUAAAUAAAGAAAAGAAUAAGAAUGCUAGUAUUUCUUUGGAGUCUUUUAAAAAUAUUAACAUUAUAAAAUUAUUUUCUACCGAAUCCCAUGAAUAUAAUAAAUAUUCAAUGUCUUUAAAUAAUAUUUUAAACCUUCAGAAAAAGAAAGAACAAUUUAAUUUGUUGCAUAUGCUAGUUAGUAAACUGUUUGUAACUACAACAUAUGUUUUUAUUUUACUAAAGGGAGGUAGUUUACUUUCACAAAAUAAGUUGGACAGUAAAACUUUUACUUCUUUAUUUUUUUAUGUUAAUAAUAUUUAUUCGUGUAUAGACAUUUUGGAUUAUUACAUUGAGAUAUGUGAUAUCAUUGAUCAGAAUAGUGGAAUAAUUAAAAUGCUAAGUGAAUAUCUACAAGGGGAGAAAAAUAAAAAUAUUGAAAGUGACACUAAAAUGGAAAAAAUAGAGAGAGUAGAUAAAACAGUGACGAAGGAAAAUGAAACAAAUAAUAGUAUGUCCUUAUGUAGAGACAAAAAUGAUGAUGUUGUAUUAGAGUUUAAAGGUGUGUACUUUAAAUAUCCAUCAAAUAUGGAUAAUAAUAAUUAUGUAUUGAAAAAUAUAAAUUUCAAAAUAAAUAAAGGAACUAAUAAUGUUAUAUUAGGAAAAAGUGGAGAAGGAAAAUCAACAAUUUUAAAAUUAAUUUUAAAUUUAUAUAAAUCAUCAAAGGGAAAAAUAUAUUUAUAUAAUAAAUUAUUAAAUAAUUAUACUAAUCGUGAAAUAUUUGAUAAAAUAACUUAUGUUGAACAGAAUUCUAAGCUAUUAAAAAAAACAAUUAGAGAAAAUAUGACAUAUGGAAUAAAAGAUAAUACAAAUUUUGAUAUGCUUGAUUUAAUAAAUAUUUCAAAAUGUUGUACUAGUCAUGAAUUUAUAAGUAGACUACGAAAAAGAUAUGAGACAGCCAUAUCAAAUACCUCAGAAUUAAUGACAGCAUCUCAAAAGCAAAAGAUAUGUAUAGCCCGAGCUUUGAUACAUUUUCCCAAAAUUUUGUUGCUGGACGAGUCCACGUCAGCUAUGGAGAGCAAAAACGAGCGAGCCAUUUUUGAGAACAUUCAAAAAAACGAGUUUUUUAAAAAUUUGUCAAUAAUUCGUAUUACCCAUAAGCGAGCAAAUUUAGAUUUGGCACAUAAUGUGUUUGUUUUGAAAGAUGGAUACUUAAAAAAACAAAAGCAUGUUUAG